AUGGCCGACAUUCCCAUUUUGAGCAGCAACCUGAACGGCUCGGACACAAAAGAAAGAGCGCGAGCGCGAGCCUGUGUCUACUGUAACAAGUCCAAAACCAAGUGCAUAUGGCCUGGUGAACCGGGUGUUGGCGCUUGUCAACGGUGUGCCCGGUUGCAUCGUCCCUGCACGGUCCCUCACACGGCGAAAGAAAGACGGCGCGGAAGAGGUACUCGAGUCGGCCAACUAGAGGAAAAGAUUGACGGUCUCGUGUCACUCCUGAACGCUUCAAGGCAGAUUCAACAACAGUCUUCAGCACCAGGAUCGGCUUCAACAACAUCUGAACCCCCUAUCUCCGGUCAUGAUGCGCCAGACAGCACAGUCUUUGGUCAACUGCCAACACCGGCGACAUCAAGCCAGGAGCAGCCAUCGGCCUCGCGACCCUUUUGUAUACUCCCCAUGAGCUGCAUGCAUGUCAAUGAUGGACACCUUGGAGAUUGUACUGGCCAACAUGCACAAGGUUGCCCUCCUCCGAGCCAUACCACCCUUCAGACUCCAACCUCUACUGCCCUGAGUUCCUCUGGAGGUUCCGAGCCUACAAAUAGCUACAUACCGCCGACGGCUUACAUCGAUAUCACUCCACAGCCAUACGGCUACCUGCGCAUAACCAUGGGUGAAGCAGAUCGCUUGCUCAAGUUAUACCAAACCGACUAUCAUCCUCGAUUCCCGUUUGUGCCCAUUCCACGGAAUACAACAGCGCAAGACCUUUUCCAGAGGCAGCCAUUCUUAUUCCGGACCAUCAUUCAGAUUGUUGCCCCCCAGAGCGCCGCUUUGCAACGUAGUUUUACGAUUUGGUUUCCAGUCGGUCUUGUGGUAGAUCUGGGCCUCAACAGCCACAAACCCUCCAAGCAGGACGGCAAUGGUGCAAAUCAGUUUGUGGAAGAUGUCAGGCGUCUCAAUGGCCACCGGGGACGGCCGCCUCAUACACUAGAAGAUAUGCGGGCCUAUCUCGGAUGCUUCUAUGUCAGUUCACUCACGGCUGCCUUAUUUCGACAUAUCCCCUUGAUGCCCUGCUCCACCUACUUAUCCUUCUGUUGUGACAAGAUCGAAGCCGAGCAGGAAUACAUUGCGGACACAUACCUUGUGGUCCUCAUUAGAAUGCAUCGCAUUCUUUGUAGGAUCAUUGCGGUUUUCCCAGCUCCUGAUUCGGAUGGGAGCGGUAUUGUGACCUUCUCCGCAGCCGCACACAUGGCAAUGACAAAUCUGCGUGCCGAGCUAGAUGAUUUCAAGUUGCAAGUACCAAGGAACAUUCGAGACAAUUUGUCGUUUGAGAUUGGCUUCAAAGGCAUACUCGUCAGGCUAUACGAACCCGUAGUCUAUAUGGCGUCAUCGCCGGUUUCAUCUAUUGACGGCAUCCGGAAGUCAGAAGCAAUGUGGUGCUGCCUGGAUGUUGUCAAAGCAGCUUUGGAUUCAUAUGCUUCCAUCCCCGUGGCCGACCUCAGUUAUCUACCCUUCAACACCUACUGCCACAUGACAUUCUCCUUGAUUACCGCUACACGCCUGGUUGUAUUGCAAGAUCCGGAUUGGAAUAGCAAGCUCGCCGGCGAAAGCCUUGACUUUGCCGGCAUAGCGCAACGCAUUAGUGACCGGUGCGAUCAGGCGGACACCGUGGCCAUUGCAGAAGAAUGGCGGCGAAAGCGCAAAUAUGUCAAUGACACUGUGUCAGUGAUGUCCAUGCACCGCAACAAGCUCCGAUGGAUUCGUUCGUGGUAUCUCUCCAAGACUGCAGCGCCGAAUCCUGCCGCUCCUGAAAGCCACCCGCCGAUACACCAUUCGGAUUCACAAUACCAAGGACAAAUCCUGCCAGCUACUGAGAUGAUCGCAGAGACCGGGAACCCCGCGCCCGUUGAGGCACUGUCGCCGGUGUCAUUCCUAGGCGACGAAUGGUGGCAAGCAAUGCUGGAUGAUAUGAGCUUUCUCCAGCCGUAGAACAGUCAGAAUGGUGGUUUGACUGAUGCUGCAGGCUACCAUCAUUGCGCAAACACCGCGAAUAAUGUUGA